GUAAGAAAGCUUAUUAAACCACGGUACUCCGCGUCUAGGGUUUCAUCGGCUCUUCCUUUCCCCUUACUUUACGGGACAGGCGCCUCAUCGCUACCUCCAUGGCGAAGGCGAUCACGCUGAGGAGCUCCGACGGUGAGGUAUUCGAAGUCGACGAGGCGGUAGCCAUGGAAUCGCAGACCAUCAAGCACAUGAUCGAGGACGAUUGCGCCGACAACGGCAUUCCUCUGCCAAACGUCACCUCGAAAAUCCUAUCGAAAGUUAUCGAGUAUUGCAAGAAGCACGUCGAAGUCUCCGUCGCUACUGCCUCGAAGACAACCGAUGACGCCUCCCGGCUUGACGAAGAUCUCAAGUCUUGGGAUUCAGAGUUUGUUAAGGUCGAUCAGGCCACCCUAUUUGAUCUUAUACUGGCUGCAAACUACCUGAAUAUAAAAGGGCUUCUCGAUUUGACUUGCCAAACUGUGGCUGAUAUGAUCAAGGGAAAGACUCCUGAAGAAAUCCGCAAAACAUUUAACAUAAAAAAUGACUUUACUCCAGAGGAAGAGGAAGAAGUUCGAAGGGAGAAUCAGUGGGCCUUUGAAUGACAGGCAAUCUUAUUUCGUAAGACGUUUUGAUCCUCAAUUGAACUCUUUUAUGAUUGGUACUGGUAAUGUUUAUUUUGAAUUUUCUUGUAGUGUUGGGUUCUAGGACGAUUGAAACUGAAUGCCCAAGGACUUUUUACAUUCUCAAUGAUAGUGUCAUAUGAUGAUUGAAACUAAAUAAUUGCCAACAGACUGGAUUUUAUAUCA